GCUGUCCGCUGGGGCCCCUGCUGCUGAAGCGCCGGGCCAAAGCCUCCUCCCCCGCGCGCGCGGCGCGCAAGCGCGCGGCGCGAGCCCCGCAUGGCGGCCCGCGGCAUCCUCGACAGCGUCGGCUUCGAGAAGGGCCGGGUCGGGCCCGGCGACAAGGAGGUUGGGUACCGCAUCAGGGAGUCGUCCUUGCGCGGCCUGCUCGGCAGCGUGAUGGUGAUCUUCAUGGUGAUGACCGCGAUGGUGAUCUUCAUGGUGUACGACAUCCGCCUCGAGAAGAAGAGCUCCCACCGAGACAAGAGGGUGCAGGAGCACCACGCCGCCUCGAAUCUCGCCCGGGUGCAGAUGGAGCUCUGGGCGCAGUACCGGGGCGACGUCCAGGAGUCGCACGAGGCGUCCCAGCUGAUGGCCGCGCUGCAGACCUCCUACACCGACUUCAAGCCUCAGCUCCAGGC